GUUUUCUAUAAAUUGCAUCUGAGUGUCCGUACGAGUGCUGUCGGUCUAUGUCAAUCGCCCAUAAAUACAAGUACGUAGAAAUGCCGUUGCGUAGCUGCAUCAUUCACGCAGCCCCACUACCUAGCCCACACACGUCUCGCCUCAUCUUGACCGCCCAUGACCAGCUGACGCAUAUGCUGUUCUUCAGACGCGCCGAGGUCACGAACCAAAGACGAGAAACGACUAGAAGGGUCACACAAUAACACCUGCAUGCACACAAAAACACACAUGCUCAAGUAGGGGCGUGCGGGAUUUCGCUGACCCGAGGUGUGUCGUGUUCGACGACGUCCCCUUCACUCAUGACACACACCGAAUCGCACAAAGCCACAUCCUCCAGCCGAUGGGCAACCACCACCACAGUAGUGCCCCUGCCUCUCAGGUGUGAGUGCACCAGCCUCUGUAUGACCUCAUUCGACUGCCGGUCGAUGCGUGCGGUGGCCUCGUCGAGCACCAGCACACACGACCCCAUGCAGAUAGCACGCCCGAUGGCCAGCAGCUGACGCUCUCCUGCUGACAGGUUGCACCCACGCGCACCGAUAGGAGCUGCACAGACAGACAUCCACCCAUCUCUGUGUGUGUGGUGGGUGGUGGUGUGUGUACCGUUGAGUUGUCCCGGCAUCUGUCUGACAGCGUCCUCCAUGCCCACCAGCGACAGCACGUCCCACAGCUGGUCGUCAGUGGCAGCGGUCAAAGAUGGGUCGAGGGUGUCGCGCACGCGGCCGGAGAAGAGUGUGGCGUCCUGUGGGAUGAGUGUGAUGGAUGACCGCAGGGCAGCCAGCCUCAUCUCGUCGGUUGACACACUGACGGACACACAAACACAUUGCCAGAGACUGUGUGCAUGAAUGGACGAUGUGCUGGGGCCCACCCGUUGAGGAAUAUGUUUCCAUGGUAGGGAACUGCACGGAUCAGUGCCAAGGCCAGCGUCGACUUGCCACUGCCCGUACGGCCACACACCUACACACACACAACCACCAUGCUUUCGUGCGUGUGUAUGUGGUUCAGGCAGACAUACCCCCAGGGUGUCGCCCUUGUUGAUGGCCAGCGACACGCCCUUGAGAGCUGGGGGCAGCCCCGGCCGAUAGCGUGCAACUACCCGGUCCACCACCAGGGCAUUGCCCGCCGACGGCUGCAUCAUGCUUGCGGGGCUGCCAAAACCCUCCAUUUUACGCGGUUCCUGCUGAACAAACACAUGACCACACACAUCGACUGGACGUACGUCCAACGGUGCGUGCAUGCGCACCUCUUCUUGUUCCAGCUCCAUGUACUCCACAAUCCGCUCGACGCUGCUGAAGUGGUUCUCCAGUGCGGUGGACGCUCGCACCCCAAACGACAUCUUCAUCGUGACUGUCAGAGCGUACGCCAACGCCAAACCCACAUACCCUGCCGCAUUGGGGCCGCGGGAGAUGGAGGUGAAGAGGGCGGCGAAGAGGAUCACAAACGCUCCGAUGAGGUCCAGACGUACACCUGACACGCAUGAAACACGCAGACAGACGAGCAGGGAAUAUGGAGUAUGGGUCGGUCGGUCGGUCGAUCGGUGGGUGGGUGGGUGAAUGGGUGUAGGGAAAGGUCACCAAGCCAUCUGUUGGUUGCGUCCCAGUUUAGCCGCGCCCGCAGGUUGGUGUCGAUGAAGCUGAACUGUUUCUCGCGCAUUACCGCCUGGAUGCCCAGCGCACGGAUGACCGGCAAACCCUCGACGGCCUCCUGGAAGUGAGAGAAGAUCUGAUCAGCAACACACGGGACACAUUCACGUAUGUACCCGGGAGGGUGUUAUUGUUAUGGAUACACACAUACAAUACCGGCGAUUUGGUGGCUGAGUCGAUUCGCUUCAGCUCUCGAGCUGGCGUGCGGUAGAGGGACUGAAUGCGCAGGUAGGCGUACGUCAGCGGCACCAGCGGCAACACAAACAGAGGCGCAGUGCCGACUAUCACCUGGACUCAGACAAAGCAACACAUGAACGAACGGGUGUGUGGUGGUCAUUGUGUGUGCAUCUGCUCACGAGGAGUGCGCUGAUGACGCUGAGUGCAGCGUCGGUGAACGACGAUAUGGCGGGGGGCAGGGUGAGGUCCAGCACAUCGAUGUCAGACGAGAAGCGCGAUGUAAUUCGGCCGCUGGGCGUCGUCUGGAAAAAGGACAAUGGCGCCUGCCACACACAGAGAGAAGAUGCACAUGCACCCAGACCUCCCGCCCCUCUCUCUCCCUGUCUCUCUUUCUUACCCCCAUAAUGCUUUUGAGCAGCUGUCCGUGCAUGGUGACACUCGCACCCAGCCCCAUCUCACACACGCCCCAAAACCGAAGGUAAUUCGACCCAAUGGUGACAACCGAUAUCACGGCGUACAGCACCAGAUAGCCUCCCCACGCCUCGCGCGCACUUGACCAAUGGGCCAGCAGCACCUCCUUGCCACAUGCGAGCAGGUGCGCAAGAAUGGCCAGCAUCGUGGCCGCCACCACCAGCUGCACGCCACAAGCUUGGAGGUAGCGCGUGAAGACGCGCCGGUCCACGGAGCCCGAGAAAGUCUUGUCGGCGACUGUGGGUGGGGAGGUCUUUGUCUUUGCGUGGCUGUCUGCUGCCUUGUUCUGUCGUUGUGAGAGUGGCGGCUGCUGGGCUGUGUCGAACGAGGUGGUGCGUGCGGGGGUGCUGUCGGUGGUGGAGGUGGGCGACACCACACUAUCCCCGUCUUGUUGCUCCUCAUUGUCAUCCUGUUGCUGCUGGUCUGCCGCUGCAGCUGCUGUUUUCAUCAUUCCUGGGAAGUCCACACCCGCAGCCAAGAGCGCCUGAUGUCCGCAGCACACACACAGACAGACAGGCAAUGAGUGCAUUGACACGUCUGGGUGGACGUACCUGGUGUGUGCCGGUGUAAGUGACGGUCUGGUUGUCCAGCACGACGAUCUGCUGUGCGUGAGGGAGGUAGUGCCGCUGGUGUGUGGCCAGCACCACCACUGACCUCCUCGCCAGCUCCAAGAUGGCGUGACGGAACACGUGGCUGACCACAUCCAUCCAUGUGCACACAGAUACAUCGACACCCAUCAUGACGUUGUAAGGACAUCCAAAUGUACCUGCCGACAGUCGCAUCGACGGCUGCCAGCGGGUCGUCGAGCAGGGCUAUGUCGCACUGAGAGUAGAGGGCACGCGCGAGGGCCAAGCGAGCCUUCUGGCCGCCACUGAUGGUCAGCCCUGCACAUAUAGACACGCGCGUCUGUCUGCCGACGUGUGUGUGUUGUGCGCUUUGGUGGUACCUCUUUCGCCAAUGAUAGUGUGGUCGCCCUGCGGCCACUCGUCGAUGUCGUCUUGCAGGCCGCACCCAUGGAUGCACCGCUCGUACCGCUCUCUGUCAAUGGGGCCCGGCUGACCCAUGGUGAUGUUCUCCUGAACUAAAUAAUCAAGACACACACAAGCAACCAACACAGCAAUGAGCCUGCAUGGCAUGCAGAGCAACCUUCUCACGCACCCACCCGUGGCGUUGAGUAUCCACGGACUCUCCCCACAGAAAGCCACCCUCCGGCCAUUCACGGCCACCGCCCCCUCCCUGUUGCUGCCAUCCCCCCUCCCCUUGCCGAGCUCGUCCAUGAGUCCCAACAACAGGCUGCUCUUGCCGCUGCCCACCCGCCCUAUCACUAAGGUCAGCCCCCUCUCCGCGCGGAACGUCACACCCGACAAGACGCGCUCGCCGUUGACCGAGAAUGACGCAUUAUCCACCACCACACACGGAUCUUCUGUGGGCUCAGGCUGUGUCUUGACGUUUGUGGUGGUGGUGGUGGUGGACGUAGUGUCUUCGGGUGCUUCUUCAUCAUGUGUGUGGGUGUGGUUGUCCGUCGGUGCUUGUUGUGGCAGCGGCUGGUAGGUGUGUGGGAAGAGGCGACGGAUGAGAGGGGACAAAGGGGAGGGGGGGAUGGUCGGGAGGUCGGUCUGAUCCGAUGACGAGUCUGCAGAGGAUACACACACACACAUACAGGGGUUUUGUAUUGACACACGCGCGUGUGUGUGUGCGUGUGUGUGGCAGCACGUGUACCGUCGUUUUCUUUCUCCUCUAGAUUGAGGAACUGAGUUAGCCGGCCGAUGGCCACACGGGCGUCAGCGAACAGUGAUAUGGCCUGCACAUACACAUACACACACACAUACACAUACACACACACAGACCCAACUGGAUCGACAGGCACAGGUGAACAUCUGCAUUCAUUGCCUGCUUCACCUUCGGCAUGACGUGCAACGGGUGGCCGAGAGCGUUGAAGAGCGCCAGGGACGUGAAGGCGCGGGCUGGCGUCAGAUCCCCACCUGCAUACAUACGUACGUACAGCCAUCCACAUCAAUCAGCAUGACAUGUGUCCAUGGCAUGGCGCUGACCAAACAUCUGUGUGUGUGUGUGUGUGUGUGACGGCCCCACCUGUGAGUGUGAAGAGGGCGAAUGUCGACAGGGCCACCAAGAUGGGACUGGCACGCAUCAACACCUGGUUGUUGACGUCUAGCAGCAGCGCCCUCCGCACAUUCGUCAUUUCGUCAGUGCGCAGACGUGACACCUUUUGUUGGAAUACGUCUUGGCAUCCGCCGAAUUUGAUGGUCUGUAUGCCCUCUACCACCUCCUUGAGCAGCGACAGACGCUCGUCAGCCACGUGCAACACCUGCACACAUGUGGUCGGGACGGAUGGAGGAUGCACCGGCCGCCUGUGUGUGUGCGUGUGUCACAAUAGCCACUUGUUUUCGGUAUUUCUCAGCAGUCUUGGCAACCCAGGUCUCAGCCGGCACCAGCAGGGCUAUCAUCAAGACACCCACCAGUGCACACGACCUGCAGGGACACACAGGCACACACACAUAGGUCGUGUCCGUGUGUGUCUGUGUCUGUGUGUGUGUGUGUGUGUUCUGUGUCCUCCGCCUACCCCAUUAGUCUGUAGAGCAUGACGAUGGCCACGGUGGACGUCAGCGGCGCGGCCCAUAGGUUGUGCACAAACACGAUGAACUCUCGCAGACGCGCCGCAUCCUUGGACUGCAGAUUCACAAGCACUCCUGCAUCAAUUCAAUUGUCAGCACACGUACGUGCAUCCGCAGAACACAUCAAUGCUUGAGUAUGUGUGUGGGUGUGGGUGGUGCCUACCGAGUUGUGCGGCUUCGAUGGUGCCUUUUCUGAUCCUGAGUGCCUUGUCGAAGACCAUGCCGCUGACAAUAGUCACCACAUAGGCAGCCAACAUAAACACACCGUGGAUAAACUGACACACACACACACACACGUCGACAGAUACAUCCAUUACACCUGCCCUCCUACCCUCUCACCUGCUGCAGUGCCAGCGACUGCACCACAGCCACACCAAACAUCAGCACACACAACCCAAUGCUGCCAAAUAGACCCCCACCAUCACCAGCCUCUCUGCCGGCCGCCUCCACCAGGGCAUGCAGCAGCACCGGCGACAGCAACACACACACCUCCGCCACCAGCCGAAACAUUCCCGCCAACACAAACUGCGGGCCGUACACCGCCACGAAGGCCCUCACGAGGGAGCGCUCUCUCCGCCAGGCUUGGGUGAAUGGCUGGACGAGGGCGUGUGUGUGUAGGGAGCGCGGGAGUGAGAGCUGCGAGUGGGGCAGCUGGGAGGCAUGCUUGAUGACCGGGGAGAGCCUGACAGACAGACAGACAGACAGAAGGACACAAGCAGACAAGCAGAGAGGGAGGAUGAAUAGAUCCGUGUGCGGCAUGCUGCGUGAGUGCAUCUAUGCAUCUGCCCACCACGUGAAGAGUAUUUUGCUGCCGAAUGUGGUCGGAUCUUCAGGGCUGGGUCUCCAUCGGUACCAGAAGUGCUGCGAUGGAUGCGGCAACUCGCCAGAAGAUGACGACACAUGCAAGGACGCCAUCCUGCCGCUGCAACUGCCGGUUUUAAGAGGAAGCUCC